GCGGUGAACGUUUUAUUUCACGCUUUGGGCACAUGAUAAACAUACCAUAAAACGAAGUGUACCGUUUAACGUUCGGAUGAGUGUACGAAUUGCAUGUAUUUGUGUUUCUGUGUGUUUGUUACAAUAAUUUCGAAAUGGAUAACAUCAUGGCGCAAUAUAAGGAGACCAAAUCAUUAUCGAUAAUGACUUUGGCAUCAUGAAACGUCGGAAGAUAUUCUUGUCUGCAAUUCAAGCAAUUAAAGAGUGUUUGAUACAAAAUUUAAAUGCAGAACCAUGGCUGCGGUGGCAUUGAUUACAAAUAUUUCACGACGAGUAAUGUCGGUGAUUCGCACAUCUAAGAAAAUCAUCGCCGUUGUCAUACUCCUGGCCAUUAUUGCUAUCGCUAUGAUGUUGCAAUACGUCGACCAGGUUCACAUUAGGCAUUUCACGGUUAAUCGAACGACUAGGCGACCAUCUAGCCUUGCUGACGACAUUUGGGCAACCAUGAGGGCCUUCACACCAUCCCCCGACGACAUGAGGGCCAUAGCACCCAACCCGGAUCUGAUCGCCAAAAUCAACGCAUCAUCGGAUGUCCAAUAUCCUGUGACUAUAAACGGAUCGUAUCUGAUUGAGAAUCCAGCCUUAUGUUCAUCUGUGCCUGAUUUGUCCGUGUUAAUCAUUGUUCAUACCGCUCCAGACCAUUUUGAAUUGCGCAGUGCAAUGAGACGAACUUGGGCGAAUGAUACCUAUUAUAAAUCCCUAGGAAAGGUUAGAACAUUGUUCCUUCUUGGUACAGUCCAUAACACAAAGGUACAGACAGAGCUGGAAAGGGAAUUUAAAGAACAUCAAGACCUUUUGCAAGGAGAUUUCGUCGAUGCUUACAGGAACCUUACACAUAAAGGUGUUCUAGGAUACCGCUGGGUUUCCGAGCGGUGCCGGAACGCGAAAUAUAUCCUGAAAGUUGACGAUGAUAUCGUCGUUGAUAUGUAUAGACUAUUUACUAAAGUUCUUCCAAAAUAUACAAACAAAACGAAACAAAUCCUAUGCAAUCAUAUUUUCCCAGGAACUAUGCUUAUCAUCCGGGAAAAGAAAAGCAAGUGGUAUGUGAAUGAAAACCAUUUUAAGGGACAUAAAUUUUAUCCAGAGUAUUGCAGCGGGUUUCUAGUCCUCUUUUCUAAUGACGUGAUACCGGCAAUAUUCAAAUCCGCAUCGGUGACGCCAUUUUUCUGGGUGGAUGACGUGUAUUUGUACGGCCUUGCGCCAAAGCAUGUACCAGGUAUUGAAUACAACGGUUUGGAGCAAAAGGACCACAUGCUGGACAGCAACAAAGCUUUAAAGUGUUAUAGAAACGAAACAAUGAAUAACCAGCAUAAAUGUGAUUACCUUGUUACUGGUUCUCGAAAAAUGCAAGUUUCAGUGGAAAUAUGGUCGGAAAUGACUAAACAGUACGAAAAAGAGAAAUUAGAGAAAAUAAAAGAAGCUGUCACUACGACUAUCAAUUAUAAUACGACGGGGAAUUCUGAAUAAUGAUAUUAUAGAAAAAUCAUAUACAUAUUCAGAACAUAACUCUUGGAUAUGGGUUUGUUGGGUAACCGUUUAAUGCCAUCAUUUAAAAAGAAUUCUACCCAAAAGGAGAGCAUAUAGUCGGUGCUUUGUUAGUCCAUCCAUCAGUCCGUCUGACUGUCCGGGCCAACAUAACGGUGUUUAGGGGUUAGGAGGCUAAUGGUUAUUUAUUUCUUUUGAACUAACACGUAAAACUUCACGUUUUAAGUGGCUUUUUAAUGAAGGGGAACAGAAGGAGCUUAUAUCUUCCUGCGAUACUCUUGUUUUAGAGAUAAAAUAUUCAUAUGCUUUAGUUUAGUUUUUUGCUUGAAAUCUGAAUAAAAACGUGUCAAAGCUGACAACCUCCCUUUCCUGGUCAAAAUAAACGUUGACAGUAUCGGAGUUCUCCGGAACGUUGCAGAACCAUGUUCUCGCUUCACCUGUGGUAGCGGUUGUGCGUGAUCCCCCCCCCCCCGGUCGUAGUCAUCUGCACGGAAAGCCCAAUGCCAAUGCCAUACAAACAGAUAGCAAAACUAAACAGGACCACCAUGAAUUGACAAGAUUAUAUGUUCACUGGGUACUUUAAAGAUGACUUUUUUAAUAUCAUAAAAAUUUUUUAUUUAAUUUCAGAUUUUUUUUUCUAAAUUGGCAUUAAUUUGUGUAUUUUAAAGUUGGCAGUAAAUGUAUAGGCUUUCUAAAAUAAGUUUAUUGAUUGAAUUUACUAGUUUAGUGUUUUAUUGUUAAUGUAAAAAGAAUAUGAAUACACGAUCAUCAAUUUCAUGUCAUAUUUGCAAUAGUUUGAACAUUCUUAUUAUAUAUAUAUAUACCCGUUUGCUUUACCUUUCAGUGUUUUCGUUUUCAUUAUUUUGCGUAGAGCUCUGUACAUACAUGUAGACACUAUUUAUUUUAACAUUCCCCAUUCAACAUUUACUAUACCGUAUGUCAGCUAAUGGUAUUCAAGAUAGCUUACAUUAACACCCAUUUACACAUUUAUUGCUAUUCAUAAAAAGAGGCUUCAAUUGUUAUCUCUCAUUAAUCAUUGUUACUUGUCAUUUGUUAUAUCUUAAUUAACGUGCCAUAUUUAAAUUAUGCGUAGUGUGUUACAAAACAUGUAUUUGUUCAUGUUUCGAUUAAUACAUAUCAUGAGUUUCGUAUAGUGUUUUUUAAUUUGGAUGUAUUUAUGGAAAUUAAACGUUUAAGUCUUACCAAUUAACGCGAACGUUUAAUUUUCAUAAAAAACAACCACAACAUUUUUUGCAUAUUAACAAUAUACACCCGUUAGAAAAAUUGAAGUAUUCGCCCAUACCUCUGUAUUGCGUACUUGUUAUCAACUGAAGCAACAUGUGUAGGUAUUUCUUUAAUCAGGUUUUUGUUAUUUAUUCGUAUUUUUCAAACCGUUUUCGCCUUCGUUCAUCAGGGUUAAAAUAUGUUUUUCAUUGGAGUAUUAUUUUCUUUUAUUAUUACUUUUAAAGUAUAUGUUGACUUGUGCUCCUUUACCAGCAGACCAGCUUUGUUCUUUUCAUGAUAUGCAUUGAAUAAAUAAUGAUUGGUAUUAUGAAAUGUUCGGUAUAAUAUAAGAAAUAUAACACACCACUCCCGGCCAUAUUGCAUUAUAAGGAAAAGCCAGUCAGCCAGUCAGCCCCCGAACCUAUGUUGAUCUCGGCUAACGCCUCCCUCCAUAUACACCUUUAGGGGUUGACUGACCUGUCCUUAUAACAUCAUAUGACCCACAGUGGUAUAUAUAGAUAGAUAGAUUUAUUUCAUUAAGGAAAUAUAAAACACUUACUGUGGGUUUUGUUGUUUCUACUAUGGUUCAAUAUGUAACUUUAUUUGAUCCAUUUACAUGGCAAAUACAUAGAUAAAUGGGCUACCUUAUGACUUGUUGGUUGUGGUUGUUGUUUUUUUCCACUUAUGUCGCCGUUAGACCCGAAUCUGCAAGAUAAUAGCUCGAAUAACGUUGGCGAUAUCUAUUAUAAUCACUAAAUGUUUGGCUCAAAAUUUGAUAUGGAUCCGAUUUCUACCGGGUUUGAACAUAAAUUUCAAAGGAAAUACAAUACAAUAGAACUCUAAGUGAUAAAAAUAUUAUAAACUGCUCGAAAUAUUAGAACUGUAUUUCAAAGUUAUCCAUAUUUAGAACACCUUUUCCUUGUAUUAUUUGUAUAAUGACUUGUUCAUGCAUAAUAAAGUGAAAAUAAGUCCC